CUUAUUAAUUUUGUACCUAAAAUUUGUAUCAUAUUUAUGUGGACAGAAAAAGCGAAGAGAAAGUGAAGAACGGAAAUAAAUUUGUAUUUUAAAGAUGUAAAAUUAAAAAUUUACGAAGAAAUACUUGAUACGAGACGCUACAGCGUUUCUCGAUAAUUUUCUUGAUGAAUUCUAUUUCAAACGUUAAUAUUAAUUCGUUACGUAAAAAUCGUUAUCUGAAUUAAAUAACGUUAAUUAAAUUAAUAAUUAAACUUAUAUAACAUAAUAUAAGAAUAAUAUUUGCUGAUAAAUCUUGGUUAAUUAAAUCGUGAAUAUUGAUUGAAGCUAGCUUAAUUAAAAUCAACAUAUCGUCGCAGCCUGGAUAAAAUUCAUGUAAAUCGUUUUCAACUUAAAUUUUAAUAUAAUCUACAUACGACGUUUAACAACUGUUAAAAACUCAAUUAGUCUACCACAAAUACAAGCAAGGUAAAACGCUGAAUUUUCUAAGUUUGUUCAAUGCCGCGAAUCUAUUUGUAUAUUCAUCUCUCGACCCCGUGGUCGUUUAAUUAUUUUUACCGGACGUCGUCCGAUUUAUUCCCGAUCAAUUUUUUCGAAAAUCAAGGAGCAGCACGAACGAGUGGAGGCACCGGAGUGGCGUUCACACCGUUUCGGCAGCCACAGCCGCCAUGGUGGAGGAGAAGGCGCGUGUCGUCCUCGCAAGAAGCGAACGAGCCGCGCUCUCUCAACUCCUGGCGGAUUAUAGAACGAGAAGGCUGACGAUAGAGGACCUGAUCGUCAGUCUGAGUGACCUGCUGAACACCCACGAGAAAUUGACGCUGCUGACGGAGCUCAGGGAGUUGGUCGACAACAAGGACAGAGCGGCCUUCGACGAUCUCGUUUACCGACCCCGAAUAGCAAUGACCAGAAGAAAAGGCGACCGCGCUCACUCGGACUUGAUAGUGACUCCCUCGCUGCACGAUCUCCCGGUAAGUUAAACUCAUCUCCCACAU